AUGGCAAAACUAUGCACUUUACCAUGGCCUGUUGUUAAGACUAUACUAGAGUAUUACACUGUUGGCACAGUAUACUCAAAAACCAACAAGGAGUUCAAACUGUCGCUAUACAAGAAUGUGUUGGUGGCAAUGGAAUGCCAUAUGGCAAUGAACCUUCAAAAGAAGGAUAUGAAGGCAGUAUGUUAUGAACCUAUUGAUAAGUUGUUAAAGAGGUUCAAGAAGAAUCCUAUGGCCAAACAAUUGAAUGCAUUUGGAGAAAAAUUUGAUGAAUGCAGCUAUUGGAUCCACAAGGCAGAGUUUCCUAUAGAAAAGACUAAUGUUGUGGUUUAUUUCCACGGAGGAGGAUAUUUGUUGAAUAUGAUUGAUUCACAACUUACAUUCAGUGCUGCAUUACAUUUUGCCUUGGAUGACAAAACAGCAGCCAGAACUUCAAUAUUGGUGGUUGAUUAUUCACUAACCAUGUUUGAUCACAUAUAUCCUACCCAAUUGUACGAAUGUUUACGUGCUUAUAACAACUUGGUUAAAGCUGGGUAUAAUAACAUCAUUCUCAUGGGAGAUUCUGCUGGAGCUCAUAUGUCAUUAUCACUCGCUCGAGCCAUUGCAUAUCCGGAAGAGAUAAAACAACAAUUUGACUACUUUAGUCAGUUUAAAUUAAACUUUAACGUGGCUGAUUUACCGCAACCUAAAGCAUUAAUAUUGGAUGCCCCCUGGGUACAGCCAUGUACGGCGCCGCUUCCAUCGAGACACCAUGUUGACACGACGGGUGACAUUAUUGGCUAUGACAUCAAUUUGGGCACUUAUCUUGUUGAAGAUUUGGACCAAAAGUUUAUAAACAAUUUCCUCAAGUUUACAAACACCAACUGGCUAGACCACUGGCAAAAUGUUGACGCAAUAAAUAAUGGAAACACCAUCAUUAUUGCUGGUGAACGCGAAGUGUUGCGUGAUGGAAUGGAGGAUUUCUAUAAUAUUGUUAACAAGAAUGGCAAUAUCGAGUAUUAUGUUGAACCAGGUGGAAUCCAUGCCGGAAUGGUUUAUAUUGAGAGUUUGGACUACAUGAGUAAAAAGGGAGCUAAGCGUGCUUUGAAAGGUGAUUUCAAGGAUAAAUAUGGCAUCAAUUUAGUAUCGCAGUUUCUCAAUAAGCGCGAUUUUGUAUAG